CCUUCGCCAGUGCCGCCGGCUGGGGCUGCUGCUGCUCCUUCUCCUCCCUUUGUUUCCCCUCAGCCUGGGGGAACCGUCGGACAGAGGGGGCUUGGGCUGCGCCCGCUUGGCUGCGCCGGGAGGGCCGAGCUGCGAACUGCGCUGCUGCGCUCUCGUCGGGGGACGGUGGGGAGCCUCCUCCGUAGCCAGUGCCCGAGGGGCCGGCAGUGCCUCCUGGGCUGGCUACGUGACCCCACCGCCGGAUAAGAAGAGGAGCCGGCGUCCAGCGAGCGCCCCGGGGGCGUGGGGAAGCUGCUCCCGCUGCUUGUGGAUUAUAAACGCUUCCGCACUUCUUCCGGAUCCCCCAAGCCCGGCGUGGUGGUGCCACCGGACUACCCGGGAAUGCCUUCUCCAGCGAGCCAGGCUCGGGGCGGACUGGGAGCAGGCGGGCACCUUCUCCAGCCCUUGCAAGCCCGGCGUCGGAAAGCCGGACAAUGGAGCUUAUAGAGAGACUAGCCGGGCGGCCCCAUCCCAAUCCCGCCUGCGCGCACCGGGUCUCCACACCCGGAGCCGGCGAGUGCGCCUCUGCGAGCAGAGAUUUCCCCGCGUGUGGAACUACACGGACCCGUGUGGGCUGCUGAGAUCCGACGCAAGAGCGACGAGAGGAGCCGCGACGCCGGCGAAGCCCCUUUGGCUCUCGAGAAUGCGCCUCGCUUCUUUUUCCCGCUCGCCCUUCUGCGGGUGGCUCGCCUUGCUGACCUGCCUCCAGCUCCGCGCGGGGCAAGCGGGGCACUCGGGGUCUUCCCGUCGCUGUGCCGGUGGCGAGUGCUGCGGAGCCGGCCAGGAGCAAUGCUGCCUCCAGCCUUGGGGAGGGAGAGGCUGGGCAGGAGCUGUUUCAGCACCACCGCCGCGCAGGACAGCUCCCGGCGUCUCGCUGGGCGCCCACCCAGACGGAGAACGGAGGAAGCCGGAGCUCUGCCUUCUCUUCCACCCGUUCGACUCCACCAAAGGCUGUUUACAAACUCUUUGUUUCGGCGUGGGUUUUAGAAGUCCCUCCACUGCAGACUUCUUUCCCUACCUGCCGCUAAAACCUACUCACCCAACUAUGCAGAAUGAGCUAACCCAUUCCUCGUGUGCCAAGAAACGGAGGAGAGACGGGGCAUUGCUCCCUUUGCUAAGGACUCGGAGAGCAGCCAAUCGCCAUCCGCUCUUCCCUCAGUAUAAUUACCAGGUCCAAGUGGCCGAAAACCAGCCUCCGGGGACCCCUGUGAUCACGAUGGCGGCCCAAGACCCCGAUUCAGGUGAAGGUGGGCGCCUGUUCUAUUCCAUGGAUGCCCUGAUGAACAGCAGGUCCCUGGAGUUGUUUAGUAUCGAUUCCCAAAAUGGCCUCAUCACCACCACUGAAGUUUUGGACAGAGAAAAUAUGGACCUGCAUUACUUUCGAGUGACCGCAGUGGAUCACGGAGCUCCCCGUCUUUCUGCCACCACCAUGGUUGCUAUUACAGUGGCAGACAGGAAUGACCAUAAUCCAGUAUUUGAGCAGAGUGAGUAUAGAGAGACUAUCCGGGAAAAUGUUGAAGAGGGCUACCCUAUCUUACAGCUGAGGGCCACCGAUGUGGACUCCCCACCCAAUGCCAACAUCAGAUAUCGUUUUGUAAAUGAGCAAGCAGCUCACUCUGUCUUUGAAAUAGACUCCCGGUCAGGGCUGAUCACCACCAGUGGGCAAGUGGACAGGGAGAAAAUGGAGAAAUAUUCCUUAGUGGUGGAGGCAAAUGAUCAAGGUAAGGAGCCUGGCCCUCGAUCGGCCACAGUUAGAGUCUAUAUCACAGUCCUUGAUGAGAAUGACAAUGUCCCACAGUUCAGUGAGAAACGGUACAUAGUCCAGGUAAGAGAGGAUAUAAGACCCCACUCAGAAAUUUUGAGAGUUACUGCCACUGACUUGGACAAAGACAAUAAUGCUUUAGUUCAUUAUAACAUCAUCAGUGGGAACAGCAGGGGCCAGUUUUCCAUUGACAGUGUGACUGGGGAAAUACAGGUAGUGGCUCCUUUGGAUUUUGAGGUUGAGCGGGAGUAUGCACUGAGGAUACGUGCCCAGGAUGCAGGGCGGCCUCCUCUGUCCAACAACACAGGCAUGAUCAGCAUCCAAGUAGUGGACAUCAAUGAUCAUGCUCCCAUCUUUGUCAGCACCCCUUUUCAAAUAUCAGUGUUAGAAAAUGCCCCUUUUGGCCACUCGGUGAUCCACAUCCAGGCUGUGGAUGCAGAUUAUGGAGAGAACUCUCGCCUGGAGUACAAACUCACUGGGGUCUCAUCUGACACCCCCUUUGUGGUGAACAGUGCCACUGGGUGGAUUACUGUGAGCGGCCCCUUGGAUCGAGAAACGGUGGAGCACUACUUCUUUGGAGUAGAGGCCCGGGAUCACGGCUCCCCAGUGUUGUCUGCCUCUGCUAGCGUCACCAUCACUGUAAUGGAUGUAAAUGACAAUCGGCCUGAAUUUACCCAGAAAGAAUAUUUUAUCCGUCUCAACGAAGAUGCUUCCGUGGGGACCAGUGUUCUGAGUGUCACGGCAAUUGACCGGGAUGUGAACAGUGCCAUCAGCUACCAGGUAACAGGCGGGAACACCCGGAACCGUUUUGCCAUCAGUACCCAGGCAGGAGUGGGACUAAUCACCCUCUCUUUGCCCCUGGAUUACAAGCAGGAGAGGCGCUUUGUGCUGACAGUGACAGCCUCUGACCGGACUUUGCACGACACUUGUCAUGUCCAUAUCAACAUCACUGAUGCCAACACCCAUAGGCCAGUGUUCCAGAGCGCCCAUUACUCAGUAAGUGUUAACGAGGACCGCCCUGUCGGCAGCACUGUUGUGGUGAUCAGUGCCACUGAUGAUGAUGUAGGAGAAAAUGCCAGGAUUACCUACUACUUGGAGGACAACAUUCCUCAGUUUCGCAUUGAUGCAGACACUGGCGCCAUCACAUUGCAAGCGCAGUUGGAUUACGAGGACCAAGUGACCUAUACCCUGGCCAUUACAGCAAAAGAUAAUGGCAUCCCUCAGAAAGCAGACACCACCUACGUAGAAAUCAUGGUGAACGAUGUCAAUGACAAUGCCCCUCAGUUUGUUAGCGCUCACUACCAAGGCAUCAUCUCGGAAGACAGCCCUCCCUUCACCAGCGUGCUCCAGAUCUCCGCCACGGACCGGGAUGCCCAUGCCAACGGACGGGUGCAGUACACCUUCCAGAAUGGGGAUGAUGGGGAUGGAGAUUUCACAAUAGAACCCACGUCUGGGAUUAUCCGCACUGUCCGCAGACUGGACCGGGAGAGCAUCCCGGUCUACGAACUCACUGCCUAUGCAGUGGACAGAGGCAUCCCUCCCCAGAGGACACCUGUCCAUAUUCAAGUCACCGUGCAAGAUGUGAAUGACAAUGCUCCUGUCUUCCCAGCUGAAGAGUUUGAGGUUUUAGUGAAGGAAAAUAGCAUUGUGGGCUCUGUGGUGGCCCAGAUUACAGCUGUUGAUCCAGAUGAAGGGCCCAAUGCACAGAUCAUGUAUCAGAUUGUGGAAGGCAACAUCCCUGAAAUUUUCCAGAUGGACAUAUUUUCAGGUGAGCUCACAGCCCUGAUUGACCUGGACUAUGAGACCAAGGCAGAGUAUGUGAUUGUAGUCCAGGCCACCUCUGCCCCCCUGGUCAGCAGAGCCACAGUCCACAUCAAGCUCAUUGACCAGAAUGAUAACAGCCCCAUUCUUAAAAACUUCCAGAUUCUCUUUAACAACUACGUCUCCAACAAAUCCAACACCUUCCCUUCUGGGGUUAUAGGGAAGAUCCCUGCGUAUGACCCAGAUGCAUCUGACAGACUGUUCUACACCUUUGAACGAGGAAAUGAGCUGCACUUGUUGAUUGUCAACCAGACUAGUGGGGAACUCCGGCUGAGUCGCAAGCUGGACAACAAUCGUCCUUUGGUGGCCUCCAUGCUGGUGACCGUCACAGACGGGAUCCACAGUGUGACAGCCCAGUGCGUCCUGCGCGUCAUUGUCAUCACCGAGGACAUGCUGGCCAACAGCAUCACGGUGCGCCUGGAGAACAUGUGGCAGGAGCGCUUCCUCUCUCCCCUCCUGGCCAACUUCCUGGAGGGCGUGGCCACCGUCCUGGCCACCCCGAAGGAGGAUGUCUUCAUCUUCAACAUCCAGAACGACACGGACGUCGGCGGGCAGGUGCUGAACGUCAGCUUCUCCGCCAUGGCGCCCCGCAGCGGCCAUUUCUUCAGCUCGGAGGAGCUCCAGGAGCAGCUGUACAUGAAGCGCAUGACCCUGACCACGGUCUCCAUGCUGGAGGUGCUCCCCUUUGACGACAACGUCUGCCUCCGCGAGCCCUGCCAGAACUACAUGAAGUGUAUCUCGGUGCUCAAGUUUGACAGCUCGGCUCCCUUCAUCGCCUCCGUCUCCACCCUCUUCCGGCCCAUCCACCCCAUCACGGGCCUGCGCUGCCGCUGCCCCCAGGGCUUCACCGGAGACUACUGCGAGAUGGAGAUCAACCUCUGCUAUUCCAACCCCUGCCGCAACGGAGGGGUCUGCACCCGCAAGGAGGGCGGCUACACCUGCAUCUGCCACCAGCACUUCACAGGUGAUAAUUGUGAGGUGGAUAGUCGGGCAGGACGCUGCGUCCCUGGCGUAUGUAGGAAUGGAGGCACCUGCACCAACUCUGCCGAUGGCGGCUUCCAGUGUCAGUGCCCCCCGGGGGGCUUUGAAAAGCCUUACUGCGAAGUAUCUACACGCUCCUUCCCCCCAAAAUCUUUCAUCAUGUUCCGAGGACUUCGCCAGAGGUUCCACCUGACCCUCUCCCUCUCAUUUGCCACCUUAGAGAGCAGUGGCCUCCUAAUCUACAAUGGACGUCUAAAUGAGAAGCAUGACUUCUUGGCUGUAGAGAUUGUGGAUGGGCAAGUCCAGCUGAAGUACUCCACAGGAGAGUCUAGCACCAUUGUUGCUCCCUACGUGCCCGGAGGUGUGAGUGACGGGCAAUGGCAUACGGUGCAGCUUCACUAUUACAACAAGCCCAAGAUCAGCUCCCUGGGCUCUGUGCAGGGACCUUCCAAAGAAAAAGUGGCCAUUCUAAUGGUGGACAAAUGUGAUGCAUCUGUGGCACUGCAGUUCGGCAACGAGAUUGGGAACUACUCCUGUGCAGCAGAGGGGGUGCAGUCCAGUUCCAAAAAAUCGCUGGACCUCACUGGGCCUUUGCUCCUUGGAGGGGUCCCCAAUCUGCCUGAGAACUUUCCAGUGGAGCACAGGGAGUUUGUGGGGUGCAUGAGAGAUCUGUACAUUGACAGUAAACGCAUUGACCUGGCUUCCUACAUUGCAAACAAUGGGACCGCAACAGGUUGCCAUGCCAAGCACUCCUUCUGCGAUUCCAACCCCUGCAAGAACAGUGGCACCUGCACUGUGGGCUGGUCUUCCUUCUCCUGCGAAUGCCCAGUAGGCUUUGGAGGCAAGGAGUGCAGGCAUGCCAUGCAUCACCCUCACCAUUUCCGUGGCAACAGCAUCCUUUUCUGGGACUUCAAGAAUGAAGUGAAGAUCUCCACCCCCUGGUAUAUGGGCCUGGCAUUCCGGACACGCAAACUGAACGGAGUGCUGCUUCAGGCACAUGCUGGCCAGUACACCACCAUACUCUGCCAGCUGGACUCCGGCCUGCUCUCCUUCAUGGUGAACAGGGGCUCUGGACGCACCACCAAGCUCCUCCUGGAUCAGAUGCACUUGAAUGAUGGGACGUGGCACGACCUCCAGUUACAGCUACAGGAUGUCCGGAGUGGCCGAGAGACACGUUACAUCAUCACCCUCAACCUGGACUUCGGCUUUUACCAGGACACUGUAGUUGUUGGAAAUGAGCUACAUGGCCUGAAAGUGAAGCAUCUCCAUGUUGGGGGAAUCCUGGAGUCUGGUAAAGUGCAUCAUGGUUUGGAGGGUUGCAUCCAGGGAGUACGCCUAGGUGACACAGCCACAGGGAUGGCAUUACCCAAGCCCAGCAGCACUCUGAACGUGGAAGCAGGAUGUACUGUGCCCAACCCUUGUGACUCCAACCCUUGCCCUGCCAACAGUCUGUGCCAGGACAAGUGGCAAAGCUACACUUGCGUCUGCCAUCCAGGUUACUAUGGUGCCAACUGCGUUGACGCCUGUCAUCUGAACCCCUGCAAGAACAAGUCAGUGUGUCGGCGGAAGCCUGGGGCUCCCCACGGCUAUGUCUGCGAAUGUGGAGAGAAUCACUUUGGGCAAUAUUGUGAGCACAGGAUGGAUCAGCAGUGUCCCAAGGGCUGGUGGGGGAAUCCAACAUGUGGGCCCUGCAACUGCGAUGCGGCCAAAGGAUUUGACCCAGACUGUAAUAAGACCAAUGGGCAAUGUCGCUGUAAGGAGUUCCACUACCGCCCCAAAGGGAGCGACACUUGCCUCCCCUGUGACUGCUACCCCAUCGGCUCCUCCUCCCGUUCCUGUGACCAGGAAGUGGGCCAGUGCCACUGCAGGCCUGGCGUGAUUGGCCGGCAGUGCAACAGCUGCGACAGCCCUUUUGCCGAGGUGACACCCAGCGGGUGCCAGGUGCUCUACGAUGCAUGUCCUAAAUCUUUGAGAUCUGGGGUGUGGUGGCCUCAAACCAAGUUUGGCUUGACAGCUGUGGUGCCUUGUCCCAAGGGUUCACUGGGUUUGCGGGGUGCAGGUGCAGCAGUUCGGCACUGCAAUGAGGAAAGAGGCUGGUUGGAACCCGAUCUCUUCAACUGCACAUCACCUGCCUUCAAGGAGCUCUCAGCAUUGCUGGAAGGUCUGGAAAGAAACGAGACGGAACUGAACACCAUAGAAGCCAAGAAGCUGGCCCACCAACUGCGGGCAGUGACCGAUCAGAUGGAGCGCUACUUCGGCAAUGACGUUCACAUCACCUAUCGCCUUUUGUCCCACUUGAUGGCGUUUGAGAGCAGGCAGCAUGGCUUUGGCCUGACAGCCACCCAGGAUGCCCACUUCAAUGAGAACCUACUGCGGGCGGGCAGCUCGGUGCUGGCCUUAGAUAACCAAGAGCACUGGGAAGCAUUGUUGCAGAAUGACCACAGCAGCGCAGGACUGAUGGAACAGCUGAGAGAGUACACGGGCACACUGGCCAGCAACAUGAAACUCACCUACCUCAACCCUGUUGGCGUGGUGACCCCCAAUAUUGUGCUCAGCAUUGACCGCAUGGAGAACCACACCCACUUCAGGAGGCGUUACCCCCGAUAUCACAGCACCCUCUUCCGUGGCCAGGUCAUGUGGGACCCACACACCCACGUCGUGCUUCCCCUCUCAGUCCUUACACCACACAAAGUGGAAGCUCCAGCUCCCAGCACGGCAGCACUGACACUGCUAAACAGUGAAACCAAUGACACUGUGGAAACCUCCCCUCCCAAGCACUUCCUGCCGGAACCUGAGCCUGCUGUAACCAUCCUCAUCCUCAUAAUUUACCGUACUCUAGGAGGACUUCUUCCUGCCCGCUACCAGGUGGAUCGGCGCAAUCUCAGGCUGCCCAAAAACCCUGUUAUGAACUCCCCCAUAGUGAGCGUGUCUGUCUUCCGUAACCACACUUUCCUCCAGAGCACUUUGGCGACCCCGUUAGUGCUAGAAUUCCGCCUGCUGGAGACAGCCAACCGCAGCAAGCCCCUCUGUGUCCAGUGGAACCACUCCAGCCAAUUUCUUUGUGACUGCAGGAUUGAGCCCACUGGCUUCUGGACAGCGCGGGACUGUGAUCUGGUUUAUCGAAACGCCACACACGUUCGCUGCCAUUGCUCCCAGUUUGGCACUUUUGGGGUCCUGAUGGACAGCUCCCACCGAGAGCAACUGGAAGGUGACCUGGAGACUUUGGCCAUUGUGACCUAUUCCUUGGUGUCCCUCUCCCUUCUGUUCUUGCUGCUGGCCUUCUCCUUCCUGAUAUGCCUGAAAGGUCUCAAGUCCAACACCCGGGGCAUCCACUGCAACAUCUCGGUCACCCUCUUCUUCUCUGAGCUGCUCUUCCUCUUGGGUAUCAACCGCACUGAAAACCAGUUCUUCUGCACUGUGAUUGCCAUCUUGCUGCACUACUUCUUCCUCUCGACUUUUGCUUGGCUUUUUGUGCAAGGCCUCCACAUCUACCGCAUGCAAACGGAGGCCCGCAACAUCAACUAUGGAGCUAUGAGGUUCUACUACGCCAUUGGCUGGGGCGUCCCUGCCAUCAUCACUGGAUUAUCUGUUGGCUUAGAUCCAGAGGGCUUUGGGAAUCCAGAUUUCUGCUGGAUUUCCAUCCAUGAUAAACUGAUCUGGAGUUUUGCAGGGCCCAUUGCUGUUGUCAUUGUGAUGAAUGGGGUGAUGUUUCUGCUGGUUGCAAAGAUGCUGUGCUCACCAGGCCAGAAGGAAGCCAAGAAGAAAUCGGUGCUUAUGACGCUGCGAAGCUCCUUCGUUCUGCUUCUAGUUAUUAGCACUGCUUGGCUCUUUGGCCUCUUGGCUGUCAACAACAGUGUCCUGGCUUUCCACUACCUCUACACUGUCCUCUGCAGCCUUCAGGGCUUGGCAGUACUGAUUCUGUUCUGUGUGCUGAACAAGGAGGUACAGGAAGCCUGGAAACUAGCCUGCCUUGGCAAGAAGGGUCAGGGCGAGGAAUCCACCAGAAGCGGUCAGGGUCCCAACGCCUACAACAACACAGCUCUCUUUGAGGAGAGCGGCCUCAUCCGUAUCACCCUGGGAGCUUCCACCAUCUCUUCUGUCAGCAGUGUACGCUCAGCUCGGACCCAUUCCAGCCAGCGAGGCUACCUCAGAGAGAACAUGAUGGCACAUCAAGGCUCUGCUCUGGAUAACAACUUGCUCAACCAUGCUGGUCCUACAGACCUUGACAUAGCCAUGUUUCAUCGUGACGCAGGGCCAGAUCAAGACUCUGACUCGGACAGCGAUCUCUCUCUCGACGAAGAGCGCAGCCUCUCGAUUCCAUCGUCAGAGAGCGAGGAAAACGUGCAUCUCCGCGGCAGGUUCCAGCGCCAGUUCAAAAGGGCAGCACACAGCGAGAGGCUCCUCACCAACCCUUCCAACACCACACCUAAAGAUGUAGAUGGCAAUGACCUGAUGUCCUAUUGGCCAGCUCUGGGCGAAUGCGAAGUUCACCCCUGCUCCCUCCAGAAAUGGGGCUCCGAGCGGAAACUUGGAUUCGAUGCCAGUAAGGAUGCUGCCAACAACAACCAGCCGGACUUGGCCUUGACCAGUGGCGAUGAGAACUCCCUCACCCAGACCCAGAGGCAGCGGAAAGGCAUCCUGAAGAAUCGGCUCCAGUACCCUCCAACUUUGCAAGGCCUGCCCUCUGUGGGCAGGAUGGCCAACGAUCUUUCCUGGUACAAAACCUCCACCUUGGGCCACCGGGCCGUCCCUGCCGCUUCUUACGGCAGGAUCUAUUCAGGGGCAGGCAGCCUCUCUCAGCCCGCGAGCCGCUACUCUUCCCGGGAGCAGCUGGACAUGCUGAUGAGGAGGCAGAUGUCCAGAGAGCAGCUGAGCCGCAAUACCUCCGGCGAGUGCCUCGAAGCGGUUGCCAGCAGGCACGGCUCUCGAGAGCGUUUGGACACCAUCCUGAACAGGCCUGCGUCAAGGGAGCACCUAGACACGAUCCUCAGCCGCCAUGGGUCCAGAGAGCACCUUGCAAGCAUACCCAGCAGGCAUGGGUCUCAAGAAAAUGUAGCAGAAGCAGCUUCUGGACACGAUCAAAGAGAUCACGGGAACACCCUACCCAGGAGGCAGGGAUCUAGAGACCAUCUAGAUACUUUGCCCUGCAGAUUUGGGUCACGAGAACCGCUAGACUGUGGGGGGGCAGUCAGGGAGUUCUCUAGGGAAUGGCUAAACACUAUGCCGAACAGGCUAGCCUCGAGAGAUCGAACGGACACACUGCCAAGUCGAGACCCUUCUCGAGAACAGCUGGAUCUGCUUUCCAGGAAGCAGCCUCUGAGGGAGCAGCUGGCAACAGCUAGGCAGACGUCGAGAGAGCAGCUGGACUUUUUAUCCAGAAGAUCUAAUUCCAGAGAGCAUCUGGACAUAGUGCCUGGCAGGCAGGCUUCUCGGGAAAACCUGGAGCCUCUUUCCAGACAGCAGCCUUCCAGGGAAAACCUUGAACUCCUCUCCAGGAGGCUCCCUUCUAGAGAAAAUCUAGAAGCCAUCCCCAGCCGUCACCCCUCCACAGAGCAAUUAGAUAUCCUUUCUUCCAUCCUAGCAUCUUUUAACUCCUCUGUCCUGUCCUCUGUGCAAUCAUCCAGCACUCCCUCAGGCCCACAGACCACACCCACGCCUUCCGCGGCCCAGACAUCCUCGACACCCUCCAUGCCAUGCCCUUCACCACCUCGCUCUGCAACAUCCCACAGUAUCUCCGAGCUCUCGCCAGACUCAGAAAUAACAAGAAGUGAAGGUCAUUCCUGAGGGGUCCAGCUGCUGUGAGAACAAAGGAAGAAGCAGGAAUGGUUGCUGGGGCCAGGCACUUCCAGCAGAGGAUUGGGAAUCCCUCAGGGCACCUACCAUGGAAGGACAGAGGCUGACUGGGAGCCCAGAUCAACCACGUGGAGAACUCGUGGGCCGAGAGUCAGGCAAGACCUGGCUAUGGAAGAAAGGUGUCUUUGAAGGGGGGAUACCUCUGUGCCACACUGGCCACUCUCCCUGCUCCGAGGGAAUGAGGUGGGGAAGUUAACACACCAUGAGCAAAUCAUAUAAAAAAACAACAACAAC